UGUGGUGGUGCGACAUCGAGACGAAGCGACCUCAAGAUGGCGGCGUGGUUGAGGGAGGAUCAGCUGUUUUAAGUUUGUUGACACGUCAUCAUCCUGUUAAAAGUUAUUUUUGUGGUGGUUUAGUUUGUAUUUAUUUAUCGAAGCUCAAAUCGAGAAUAUCAGGUUUGCGUUUGGGUCACAGGGCGGCCCGCGGGAAGCAACACAAGAGGAUGUAUUAGAAUGACAUCAUCACCCUUCGCAAGAAUGUUUAUGCUGCGGGCCUUGGAAAAAAUCUAUGCAGAAAAGGAGAUCAGGAGGUCCCAUCACUCCCAGCUGAAGAGGGCAGUGGAGCAGGCCUUAGAUGAAAUCCGUGCUGAACUUCAAGAGGAUGAGAAGAGUUCCAAUGGGGGUGUGUCAGCAGCACUGCCUGUUCCUAAGGGGGAUGCCCAGCACAGUGACGUGGAGGGACACUUCUUGCCUUUCGAGCUUGCCUGUCGGUCAAAGUCACCCAGGAUUGUGGUCACUGCACUUGACUGCAUCCAGAAACUCAUUGCUUACGGUCACCUCACUGGGAACACAGCUGAUGCCAACAACCCGAGUCGCCGCCUCAUCGAUCACAUAGUGGAGACCAUCUGUAACUGUUUUAAUGGACCCUCCACUGACAAGGAUGUGGAGAUACAAAUCAUCAAGGCACUGCUGACAGUCAUCACCUCCCAGUAUGUCAGCGUCCAUGAGGGCACUGUGCUGCUGGCAGUGCGGACCUGCUACAACAUCUUCCUUGCCUCCCGGGACAUGAACAACCAGGUCACUGCCAAGGCUGCCCUCACCCAGAUGAUUAACAUUAUCUUCACACGCAUGGAGAACCACACUCUUGAGGAUGGUGGUGAAAGGGAGCACAGCAACAGCACAGCUUCCUCAUCCAGCACCACAACCACCUCCACCACCACCACCAACAACAACAUUAAUAAUGCCACCAGCAGCAGCAAUAACAGCAGCAGUAAUCAGCUGGUGCCCCAGGAGAAUGGUCCCCAGGAGAAUGGUCCUCAGGAAAAUGGUUCCGAGGUGGAGGAUUCUCAGGAGAUUCCAGUCCAGGAAAACAUCCCACCACCAUGGCAGCAGCCGCCCCCCCUCCCAGAAGGCCUGCCUCCUGAUACUGCUCCCACCACCACUAUCACCACCACCACCACUGAGAGUGAUACCCUAAAAAAUUCAGAUACAGGAGCCGUAGAGGAGGGACCACCAGUACCCAAUGGUUCAGCAGUAAUUAUGCCUCCAGAUACCCCCACAUCCUAUCAGAUUGCCUCUGAGCUGGUGGAGGACAUAGUAAACCAGGCAGUGACAGUAGUGUCCACAGAAGACACCAUUGUUGCCCCCGCUACUGCUGCUGCUGCCAGGUCCACUUCCAAUGGAAAUGCUGAAGGCACCACAGACAUUAUAGAGGCCUUGUCUCCCACCUCCCCUCCUGAACCUUCUCAGGAUGCCAUCAGUUCUGUCCCACAAGAUGCUGCUAGCACUGCCCCUCAAGAUGCUGCCAGUAUGAUGUCUCAGCCUGCAGACACAACCCAGGAGGACUCCUCACUGCCACCUCCACUCCCUGCCUCAGACCACCGCAGUGAUUCUGUAGCUUCCAAUCCUCCUCUCACUCCCACCUCUAUCACCAGAGUACCCUCCCAGGAAAGCAUAAACAUGAUGACAGAAGGUGAUGCGGCCAUGACAGCCAAGUUGUCUCACACACUUCAAAAAGAUGCAUUCUUGGUUUUCCGUUCGCUGUGUAAGCUUUCCAUGAAGCCUCUGCCAGAGUCCCCAGACCCAAAGUCCCAUGAAUUACGAUCCAAGAUUUUGUCCUUGGAGAUGUUGCUGUCCAUCGUGCAGAAUGCAGGCCAGGUGUUCCGUUCCAACGACACCUUCAUCACUGCCAUCAAGCAGUACCUGUGUGUGGCACUCAGCAAGAAUGGCGUCUCCCCCAUCCCUGAAGUGUUCCAUCUCUCCCUCGCCAUCUUUGUUGCUCUCCUCUCUAAAUUCAAGGCUCAUCUCAAGGUUCAGAUUGAGGUUUGCUUCAAGGAAAUAUUCCUGAACAUCCUGGAGGCCGGCAGCUCAAGUUUGCAACACAAAUGGAUGGUGAUUAUGGCACUCACUAAAAUCUGUGCUGAUGCCCAGUCUGUGGUGGACAUCUAUGUCAACUAUGACUGUGACCUCAAUGCCUCAAAUGUCUUUGAAAGGCUAGUGAAUGACUUGAGCAAGAUAGCACGAGGGGGCCAGCCUGGGGAGUUUGGGGCAACACCAGGCCAGGAACAGCCCAUGAAGACCAAGGGGCUUGAGUGUUUGGUGUCCAUCCUCAGAUGUAUGGUGGAGUGGUCCAAGGAUCUGUAUGUCAGCCCAAAUACUCUCUCCAACCUCAACCAAGAGAAGAAGAAGGAUGUGGAUGAGCCAGAGACAAAUAGCACAGUGGAGCGUUCAUCACUGGCUCGACACGGCUCUCAGAACUCCAUCAACUCCACAUCCACCCUCGCACCCAUUGGUGUAGACAAGCCAGAACAGUUCCAGUCCCUUAAGCACAGGAAGGAACUCUUGGAGGAAGGCAUUAAAAUGUUCAGUGAAAAGCCAGAGCGAGGUUUGGCCUUCUUGCAGUCUGAGGGCCUGGUGGGGCCUAAUCCCCAUGAUGUGGCAGUAUUCUUCCAUGAUGAUGAUAGACUAGAUAAAAGCAGGAUUGGUGAAUACCUUGGGGAUCCUGCCAAUAAAGAGUGUAUGUGUGCAUACAUUGAUGAGAUGGACUUCAGUAAUCAAGAAUUGUUGCCUGCUUUGAGGACAUUUGUUGAAGGAUUUCGGUUGCCGGGAGAAGCACAGAAAAUUGAUCGUCUCAUUGAAAAGUUUGCCUCAAGAUACACCGAAUGUAACAUGAACCAAGGAAUGUUCACCUCUGCCGAUGGUGCCUAUUUGUUGGCAUUCUCCAUCAUCAUGCUUACCACUGACCUUCACAACGUUAGCAUCAAAAAAAAGAUCACCAAGGAGCAGUACAUCAAAAUGAACCGCGGGAUCAAUGACACCAAAGAUCUGCCUGAGGAAUAUCUCUCAGCAAUCUAUGAUGAAAUUGCUGGGAAGGAGCUAAAGAUGAAGCCAACCUCUACAAAAUUAGGAAAGCAAGCCGUUGUAAAUGAGAAGAAGCGCCGAUCAACCUUCAACAUGGAAAUGGAGACUAUCUCCUUAACAGCCAAGUCCCUGAUGGAGGCAGCAUCCCAGACCAGUGCUCCCUUUAUCUUUGCCACUCAAGUGGAGCACGUGUGCCCUAUGUUCAAGAAAACGUGGCCAUCCUUCAUUGCAGCAUUUUCAGAGACCUUACAAAAAACUGAAGACAAUGUGGAGGCCUCCCUGUGUCUGGAUGGCAUUCGCUGUGCCAUCAGGAUCACCUGUAUAUUUGAUAUGUCUAUAGCAAGAGAUGCCUUUGUGCAGUGCCUGGCCCGCUUCACUCUCCUCAAUGCCACCACCCCAAUCUCAGAACUGAAGGCCAAGAAUGUGGAUUGUAUCAAAACCCUCAUCACUGUUGCUCACACUGAUGGAAAUUAUCUCGGGAAAUCAUGGCUUGAUAUCCUGAAGUGCAUCAGUCAGCUGGAACUGGCACAGCUGAUUGGAACUGGAGUCAAGUCACAAUACAUCAAAGACUCUGGCCUUAAGAUACCUCAUGAACCUGCUAACUUCUUAGAAGUAUCCUUCCCAGAAAUAUUCACCAGUGAGCAGAAGAAACUAGCCAACAUCAAGGAGAGUAUGGGAGAAACAUCAUCACAGAGUGUAGUUGUGGCAGUGGACAGGAUCUUCAACUGUUCUCCCAUGCUGGAUGGACAUGCAGUAAUUCACUUUGUGAUGGCACUGUGUCAGGUGUCUUUAGAGGAGCUAUCUGCACCCACCCCACGCAUGUUCUCUCUGCAAAAGGUUGUGGAGAUCUGUUACUACAACAUGGGCCGCAUCAGGCUGGAGUGGUCAAGGAUGUGGGAGGUCCUGGGUGAAUACUUCAACAAGGUGGGAUGCAACCAAAAUAAGGAUACAGCAGUGUUUGCCGUUGAUUCCCUCCGACAGCUGUCCACAAAGUUCAUUGAGAAGGGAGAGUUUUCUAACUUCCGUUUCCAGAAAGAAUUCCUGCGUCCAUUUGAACAUAUACUGAAGAAGAAUAGGUCGCCUGUGAUAAAGGACAUGGUGGUGCGCUGUAUCACCCAGAUCGUCACCUCACAGGCAAAGAACAUCAAAUCUGGCUGGAAAAAUAUAUUCAGUGUCUUCCAUCUUGCUGCAUCAGACAACGACCAGAACAUAGUGGAGAUGGCCUUCGAAACCACCAAAGAGAUUAUUUCACAAAUAUACAAGAAACACUUUGUCACUGUAAUUGACUCAUUCCAAGAUUCUGUUAAGUGCCUGAGUGAAUUUGCUUGCAAUGCUGGCUUUCCUGACACUAGCAUGGAGGCAAUAUCACUCAUCAGAGACUGUGCUAAAUAUGUGGAUGAGAAGCCACAGAUGUUCCGAGAGCACAACCUGGAAGAUGUGACAGUGUGUGCUGAUGACCGAGUGUGGGUGAGAGGCUGGUUCCCCAUUCUUUUUGAGCUGUCCUGCAUCAUUACUCGCUGCAAGCUGGAUGUGCGCACUCGUGCACUCACAGUCCUGUUUGAGGUGGUGAAGAACUAUGGUGGUUCCUUUUCACCACACUGGUGGAAAGAUCUCUUUAAGAUACUGUUCAGAAUAUUUGAUAAUAUGAAACUUCCAGAGCAGCAGACAGAGAGUGCAGUGGAGUUAAACGAGAGGCAAGCUGAGAAGAAUGAGUGGAUGACAACAACUUGCAACCAUGCUCUGUAUGCCAUUGUGGAUGUCUUCACUCAGUACUUUGAUGUGUUGAGUCCAAUCCUCCUGCAGGACCUCUACACUCAGCUCCACUGGUGUGUGCAGCAAGAUAAUGAACAGUUAGCUCGUUCUGGUACAAACUGUCUUGAGAAUUUUGUGAUCAGCAACGGACCCAAGCUUGACCCACAGACUUGGGACAAGACCUGUCAGUGCCUCUUGGACAUCUUCAACUCCACACUGCCUCAAGCGCUGCUGACCUGGAGGCCAUCUGAACCUGCCUCUGCACACAAUGUUGGUGGAGGAGCAUUUUCCGGCCUUCUGAUCCGGUGUGUGGUGCAGCUUGAGCUGAUCCAGUGCAUCGACAAUAUUGUUUUCUUUCCAGCCACCAGCAAAAAGGAGGAUCAAGAAAAUUUAGCUCUUGCCCAGGCUGGAGAUGCAGUGGAGAUGGUGAGGGAGCAGCGAGAAGACCAGGGCAUGUACCGUCACCUCACCGCCAUGCAGCUCUUCACCCUCCUGGACUGCCUCAUGGCUUCACACACAUUUGCCAAAACAUUCAAUUCAAACCACGAACAAAGAAAUCUCCUUUGGAAAGCAGACAUUUUCCCCACUUCAGGCUUCAAGGGAAGUGUAAAGCCCAACUUGCUGAAGCAGGAGACUCAGUCAUUGGCCUGUGCCCUGAGGAUACUCUUCCGAAUGUUGGCUGAUCCGUCCAGAGAAGAAGAAUGGCCACAGGUUCAGGAACGCCUGAUCUCUGUUUGUCGGUCAGGUUUGGAGUACUUCCUUUCCUUACCCGAGACUCACCGAGAGGCGUGGACAAACCUCAUCCUUCUCUUCCUCACCAAUAUCCAUAAGAUGUCCAAUGAGCAGUUUGCUGCCCAUGCCUCAAACUAUUACCCAUUCUUGUGUGAAAUCACAUGCUUCAAUCUCAAGCCUGAAUUGAGGGCUGUGCUGCGUAGAUUUUUCCUGCGCAUCGGUAUAGUAUUCAAUAUCACCCACCCAAGUGUACGUCACCACAUCACCUCAACCUCCUCCCUCAACUCCACAUCCCAGUCACGAGAAAGGUUACCCAGUGAGCCCUAGAUAAGGAAGGGCUGCUCCUCUUACAUGUGCCAGGAUGUGUUUGAGUCAGGUAACAGAGAAAAAACAAAGUGAAAACCUUAAGGAUUUGUGAUACUGGAGACAGUAAGGCUCCCUUAAGUGGGAAUGAAUAGCAUAUAGUAGCUAAAAAUUUUAUAAAAAUUUAUUAGUAUGUGAUUUUAUCAUAUAUUUUGGGAGAUGAGGUGCAUAAUUAUUCAGCCUUGGGAUUAAAGUGGUCAUUAUGCAGCUCUAUUCCCUCAUUCUGAAUCUAUAUCCUCUGCAGUAAAGGAAAGAGGAUUGCUGUAUGCUUAUGCAAGUUGUACAACAUAUAAAGGUAAUGUAUUUAUACACCAAAAUAGUUGCUGUAAAAAAUUUAAACAUGUUUAGACUUUGUUUUCAGCAUUUCAAUAGUAGGAAUUAUCUAGAUUUUGAGGAUUUUAUUUAGUGUAUUCAUGUAAAAAGUUUUAAAGACACUAUUUGUUUAAGUAUUAUUUUUGUAUUCAAAAGUAUUUUAGAAAUAUAUUAUGGCCAUGCUUUGUCUUAUAUUCCUCAAAGGUGAUCACUUCUCUGGUGCUUUUUUCUCUCAUUAUUAAUAUAUCUUGUACUCUAUAAAUUAUUUAUUUUGGAAUGGCCCUCAAGGAUUUUGGGAUAUUAGGUAGGAAGUGACCCUUGUCAUGAAGGGUGGAGGUCAAGUAGAGGUCAAGUAGUGGAUGUGGUGGUGGGGUCUGAGCAGGGAGCAGGUGGUGAGGUACUGCUCCUCAUACUGCACCCACCAUUGGGUUUUUACUUUUGCAUAAAUAUUUCAGUUUUCUUGAGCUGAAAAGCCAGAAAUUACAUGUUACAUUGUAUUUGAUCAAAAUGUGGCAGACUUAGAAUUUCAUAAAUAACAAAAGUUAAAGCUGAAAGUAUGCCAUGUUGUCAUUUUGGUUUGAUUGUAUGGAAAACAGCUGAAGGUGAACUGUCAUUCCCAUGUGCUGGCUGAGUCAGCUGGAGUGGUGCAGUCAGGAAGGCUUGGUGCAAGGUAGUUGCUUCAUGAGAAAACAUGCUGAUGUAGCAAAAUUUUGCAUGAAGUAAAUGUAAAUGCUUUUCUUCAGAAUUAUUUGUUAUUUACGUGUCUUAUGAAGUAAAGAAAAUUUUCACCAAGGAACUGGAACUUGCAUUUUGGAUAUAUGAAAUCUGGUAAAUGGCCAUUGGAUGAGAAUUUUAUUCCUCAUUCUCUCUCUCUCUCUCUCUCUCUCUCUCUCUCUCUCUCUCUCUCUCUCUCUCUCUCUCUCUCUCUCUCUCUCUCUCUCUCUCUCUCUCUCUCUCUC